CCAAUCGAAGGGGCAUCCAAUUCUACACUAGAGCCCUCUUACUGUAUAUAGGAAGUGAAAAUAUUUUUAUAAAAAUAACUUCUGAGUUCAGGGAUAGAAAAUAUUUAAAAUUUGUAAUUCAUUAUACGGGCUGAACAACUAAUUCCUAAAAACGCGAUAUCGAACACAUAGGUCCAAAAUAAAUAAAAAAAAAAAAAAAAAAAAAAAAAAAAGUCCUAGGCAGUCAUAAAAUUCUAUAACUCCGGGCAUUACCUCGGACAACACUAAAAAUCGAAGACUGUCCGGGCUGAUUCUGAACGUAUCGUAUUCUGAACGUAUCGUUAUAUUUCGUAUUUAUAGUUUCGUAUGUUUCUUAUAUACCGUCUUCUAGAGUUCAUCUUCAGCAAUCUAUUUUGAAAAUCUAGAACUUUUAAUCCAAGAACUCCAUCUUUUUUUACUAGGAUUCUCCUGCCUAUUUAAAUCUAGCGCUCCAGGCAGUCGAUAUUUAACUAGCCCUUUAAUCCCGCGCUCCAAUUUUUCCAGGUGUUAGGAUUCAGUAUGACAGGACUUGUUGAGGCUUCUCCUCGCGGCUAACCUUCCCCCCCCCCACCUCUCUCCUUGACCACGUGACUGAACGAAAGAUAAUGGUUGAUAGUAGCGACCACGCUAUUUCCUGUAAUCGGCGCGUCUUUCGACGUCGUCAUAAAUCGAAAUGUAUACACUUCCGCCAACAUGGUAAACAGAUCGCAUCACACUUAUUCUGAGGGUAUGCUUUAUCGAUGUUCGGAAGAUACUGAAGGUGAAGCGAGUAUGUUGGAAGGAUCUAUAAAAGGCUGCGCUGGUUCGCGUAUCGGACGCGUUGCGUAACCGCGGACGGAAACCUGUUGGCGGUUUCCCGUCUCAAACUUUAUGGCCUCGCAAUCACGUCAACCGACUGUCGUGUCUUCUUCUAGAUUGGAAAUAACAAUUCUGCGGCGAUCGCGGAACUUGCACGUCCAAGAAAUGAAGCGAAUGCAAAUGUGCGAUUCGAAACGGUUCGCUGCACAUUUAAUAAUUUCUGUGAUACAUAAUUUUAAUGAGUUGAAUUCCUUCGGAACAGUGCACGAAACUCUCCAGUAAUUUCAUUCGAAUGCAGCUUUGGUGAUACCAGUGAUUUUUUUUCAGAAACAACACUUCCUUUCAUAAUUCCUGAAUUGUGAUGUUUGUUUCGCCGUACAUUCAUUAAGCAAACAACUGAAGUGUGAAGUUUACAUUCUACGAAAUCUCGAAUUAGCACAGAUGUCUGUGGAUUAUUUAUUUUUUGCAGGUGUGUGCGAUCGAAAAUAUUUUGGAGAAAAAUACAGAUGGAUGAUGAAUGCUGAUCAAGUAUCGGAAUGGAUCUGAGAAUCAGGACUUCCUCCUCUGAUUCUGAGGGCGAAAACGUGGACUCCAGUGUCAAAAUACUUAUCAACGAUGUCACUCCUUGUGACUCUCGAGAAUUCCUUCACCUUUCUGGAUCCGUGCCGCAUUUUGAAGGAGCCGCCGUAGGAAGGAAGCGCAAACAAUCUACUAAAGGUCCUCCUCAGAGAAGAGCUUCAUGGACAUCUUCACAUAAACUGGAUAAAGUGGCAAAACUUCAUAAAUGCUGGAGUGUAGGUUGUUUGGUACCUGAUUCAAGGCAAAUACACUGUGAUACUAGCAAUGAUUUAUCAUUCCAUAGUGGAUUCAAUAAUCCUAAAGAAGGAAGUUCAGAUAGCAUACCUGAAGGCAUGAGGGAGAAGCAGAGAAGUUUCUCUGCGGGCAGCAGGGAGGACGUUUUUAUGUUUUGUAACCAAUUACAAGAUUCUGUUCAGAGCAUGAGUGAUAUGAUGGCUGGUGCUAGUUGCCACACGUUGUCUACUGGUAUGAUGGAGCCUAAAGUUGCAAAGAAGCAUUCUUUAGCUGCUUUAACUGGCAAAAGUUCUUGCAAAGAAUCGUGGCUGAUUGCUCCACGAUCGACCCUCCAAAAGUCAGUUUCGACGCCUUCAAUCGUUGCUGCUCAAGAAAUCCAAGACAUUGCUCGUAGAAGAGAUGGAAGAGACAGUUCGUUCGGAAGAAAUCGCUUCACGAUUCAUAAUGUGAGGAACUCUUGUAUUGAAAUAAUGCAUGAAGAUGAGGAACCAGAGGAAAUUAAUAUCAAAAGGAUAAGCAGUUUUUCAUUGGCUAAUCUCCUUAGAGAAAAUGUUUUGAAAUCUGGAGGUCAAGUUGGGGAGGAGGAUAAACCUUUCAGCAAAAGAAAAAAGAGAGGAAGCUUAUUUUUUCGAAAGAAAAAGAAUAAGGAAAAAGAGAGCAAGAAGAAUUCUUCACAUCAGUUCGUCUCCAUAUGUUACAGCACUGCAGCAACAUGUGAUGUUUGCAGUAGAGGUUUAGCCAACAAAUCAGCUCUUAAGUGUGAAAACUGUUCUGUGACGAUUCAUGAGAGUUCUUGUAAAGACCAUGUACCUAAUUGUAUUCAGCAAAAGGUUCAGCCUCCUCAGGACAUGAAUUCUUCGUUGCUUACGCCUUCAGGAAGCAUUCGCUAUCCUUCACGCUAUCGCCAUCUCCUAGGAGUGCAGCCUAUAAUAUGUAUAAAUUCCACUUCUGUUCCUGUAGGUAAAUGUCCGCAGCAGAGCAAAGAAAAAAGGUCAUCUGUUGCCGAACCUAGCCGUACAAAUGUUACAACAGCAACAGAUUCUCCUAAAAUGUCAUCCUCCUCUUCAAGCACUCCUCGUAAAAACUACACUCCCAGUGGGUAUUCUCAGUGGCGCAGAGUGGCCACUAAACUGGGAGUUAAUAAAGUAAUAUGUGAAGAAAAAGAAGUAGAGGUAGUAGAAGACAGUGGCUCAAACAUCUAUGAAACGAAUUCAGCGUCUAUGGAAUCCCUAGAAGAUGGUAGCCAAGGAUGUAGUGAUGUAGAAGACGAUGCCAUGCUUCAUCUCCUCGAUGACGAGCCCGAGUCUUGGCACGGUACAGUUGAUAAAAAAGUUCUUAAAAAGUUAAAAGAGAAAGAUGUAAAGAGGCAAGAAGCAAUAUAUGAGCUUAUUCUUACUGAGAAACAUCACUGCCUAACACUGAAAGUCAUGCAGAGAGUGUUUGCAAAAGGUAUGAUGCAAGAAUUAAACGUCAGCAAAGAUAUGGUUCAGAGGAUUUUCCCGUGCUUAGAUGACCUGCUCAGAAUUCACCUCACCUUUUUGCAAAAGUUAAGAGAAAGGCAGAAGGAAGAAGUUAUAGUACCUCACGUUGGUGAUGUAAUUUUACAACAGUUCGAUGGUCAAAAUGGUGAUGAGAUGUGUACAUUAUACUCUCAGUUUUGCAGUCAGCACAAAGAAGCUCUUUCAUUGUAUAAAGAUAUUCUGAAAUCCGAUAGGAAAUUUCAGUCAUUUGUCAAACGGUGUGGAACAAAGUCUUUCUGUAAGGCAAGAGGCAUUCCAGAAUGCAUUUUAUUAGUCACGCAGCGUGUAACAAAAUACCCUCUUCUUGUUGAUGCCUUAAUCAGAACUACAAAAGAUAAUAAAUUAGAAACUGAAAGGUUAAGCAAGGCUUUGGCUAAAAUCAAGGACAUAGUCCUUCAAGUUAAUUCUGCCGUGGCCGAAAAAGAAAAAGAAGAGAGAUUGUUGGAAAUUUAUAACAGAAUCGAUGCCAAAUCCACUGCAUUUUUUAAAAGAAAAAAAUUUAAGAAAUCUGAUUUACUUUCCGACUGUCGCAAGUUACGGUUUGAAGGGUCUCUGGAAUGGAAGAGUGCAAGAGGCAAAGUUAUUGAUGUGCAUGUCAUAAUAUUAUCUGAUGUCAUUGUUCUGCUGCAAGAAAAUAAUCAAAAAUAUUCUUUUGCUGCUUUAGAUAAUAAGGCUGCUGUCAUUUCUCUGCAGAAACUGUUGGUUCGUGAGAAAGCUGGCCAAAACAGUAGGGGCAUAUACUUAAUAUCGUCCAAUCCAAGCGAUCCGGAAAUGUAUGAGAUGUUGUGCUCCACGCCCAAAGACAAGAAACUGUGGCUUCAAGUAAUCAGAGAAUCUGUAGCUGCGUUGGCAUCCCAAGAAGCCAAACUGCUCAUCAGCACAACUCAGGGUCCAGAGCCAGAUCUGCCAACAGAUGAUGAGAGGAGUUUGAAAAUUGCUGAAUUAUGUGCAAUCAUGCAGGAGAAAGAUAUGGAAAUAGUGGCAUUGUGUGAAGAGAAAAUGAAAGCCAUGUUUGAAGCAUUAGAGCUGCUUGGUUUUGAAAAACAUAAAAUCCAACAAGUGGAUUUUCAGCAGUUACUUCAGAAAAAUGAAGAGGAUACAGAACAGUCUUUACUGGCCACUUUAAAUUAUGCUUGCCACCUUGCUAGUCGACUCUUUUAUUUUAACACCAAUCCAUAUUUGUGUUCCAUGGAGGGAUUGCCUUCUGCCACAAUGUCUCCCGUUUUGCCCAGGCGUGCCGAGACUUUCGGUGGGUUCGAUGCCAGUAGAGAGCAGUCGGAUAAAGUUAAUGUUUUGAAAAAGAAGUUAUUGCACUUGAAAGAGAUAGAUGGGGAGGUACAUGGAGAAAAAGAGUUAUCGUCUUCAGAUUCCAGUCUGCAUAUCAAAUCAAAAAGAGAAUUAAGCUCAAGCAUCAAGUUUAUUUCCAGACAAUCAAGUCCCGACAAAGUUGAUGUGAGUGUUUCCAGAAAUUCAUCAUCGCAGAGUGGUUUUAAUCCAUUGGAAGAAAUGGCCGACCUGAAUCAGCUUCUUGCUGCUGUCAUGAGCUUAUUCCAUCAUCAUUUGUCCAUUUGCCGAAAGGAAUGUAGCAAGAGGCGAUAUAGACCUGAUCACCAACUGGAAGAGUUGAGAAACAUCCAGGAGAAGCUGAGUCAAGAACGACUGCAAUGGGAAAGCGAAAAGGCUCAACAGGAGAAGGAACUGGAAAAGAAAAAGAAAGAAUUACUUCACAUGCAGAAGUUAUUGUGUGAAAAUCAUUUCAAGCAACCCGUAACAAAUGCGGGGAAAAACACACUUUCCUGUUUUGUGGACAAUAGAGAAGGUGUUCAAAACUGCUGUUCAACAAAUCUAUGCAGACAUCGAAGAUCAGCCUCUUUCGACUUCCGAACGCUCGGGAGUUUCCUCCACGACGUCGGCGGUCGUCAGUCCUGGAGUGGACCGAUCGACGACGCUUCCUUCACUUCCCGCUCCCAUUCCUGCUCAACACAGAGUACUUCCAGCAUUCCGCAAGCGAUGGACAAUGCCGAACUGGUUUAUAAUAAUCAAAAUAAUAUCUUCGUAGAGAAUUCUGGCGAUCUGCAUGCACGUUCGGAUUCUCGACGCGACUGCCAACAUACAUCUAGAAUGUGCGCAUGCCCGAGCGUAACUGUAAUAACUUGUAACGAAAAUUCAUCUGAUAUCAAGAUUGGAAUUCCGUUUCAGUCUGAUAUGAGGGAAACCAACAGUAAGUGUUUUUGUUCGAUGCAGUUACAGUCCAGUUGUACGACAUGUAAGGAUCAUGGCGCAAAUGGGAAAUAAAAUGUCUUUUUCUCAUCAUGGAGAUUCUCUGUAAACAUGCAGUUUGAGUACAAGACGGACAAUCAUUUUCUUUCAAUCUUUUUGCACGGGUGAUAUUUCCUUACCAUCAUAUAAACGAUGUGGAAAAAAAAAACUGUUUGCAUUUGAGCAAAUCAUAGAACUUUUAUCUCAGUGUUUUACCUUUUAAAUUCACUUUAAUGAUUGAAUCUCACUUAAGUGUAAUGUUCUACUUGUGUUGUUAUAAUAUGUUAGUCCUGAUUAAGUCUUCACUUUUUCUGAAAUGAAAAAUUAAUGCCAUGCUGAUAUUUAAGGGCUUCUGAAGUGAAAUUUAAAAUUUACCAUUGCAAUCACUUAUUUUAGAUGCAUCAUAUUGAAUUAUUUAUUUUAGGCAUAUGUACAUCAUUUUCAUAAAAGUUUAUGCCUGGCCUUUGCUAUCACAAGUGUUGAUUGUAGUCAUAUACUUCCAAUCAAAAAUAUAUUUUAAAUGAUCCAAAUAUUCCUGUUUUGACACAUUUAAAUUUAAACAAAUCAAUUUUGUAAAAAUUACAAAACCUAACUUUUUACA